UUUCGUAAGGAUCGGAAACACCACUAGUAAACAUACUAGGUGUUACGUACCUGUUGAAUUCGCGCGGUAGUGCCUUGACUACUGCGAGGAAUUGUGCACGUGUGUCGAUCACGCCGUGCUCGGAGAAGUCGGCUUCUGCGUAGCAAAACCAGGCUUCGAUGUUGUCGGGCCAGAAAGGCAUCAGUUGAAACGAAGGCGGGGACAAAGUCUUAAGCUUGAGUACUUUAGGUGUCUGUUCAGUCAUGAUGAAGUAUGAAGUACGAUAAUGAACGAGGGGAAAAAAUAUAUAUAUCCAAGAAAAAACACGAAAAAAAAUCACAAUGUUCAAAAAAAAUAAAAAAUAAGGCAAUGAUAUAUAAAAAAUCCCAAAAAGGAACAGACUCACAGUUACAAUUAGGUGUACCAGAUCACGUCGGUCUCACCAAUGAUGAUGUCACAGGUAUUCAGUGUUUGACAACGCUUCUACCAGUAACACCUUCUAAUAUAUUUCGUUCCCACCAAGAGAAAUCAAAAGACAGAGUCGAGGAGACCGGAAGAGUAUAUUUGGCGAUGACCAAUAUAUCGGAAUUCUCUGAUCUAAUCUGGCUAGCGAUUGCGGUUGAUGUUGAGCACGGCGUUACCACACGUGAUCUGGUGCGGAUGCCUGACCGA